GCGCUGCACACCCUGCUGCAUUCCGCCCACGGGGACGUUGUCCUGUCGCUGUACCAGCCUUCCGCCCUUCCUCUCUUGGGGUUCGCUGUGUCUCUGCUCCUGGGCCUGGCAGAGCGGGAGAAAGCGAAGCAAAUCAAGAUCUCUGCCUUGAAGUGCCUGCAGGUCCUGGUCCUGCAGUGCGACUGCCGGGAGCACCGGCGCCUGGACGAAGACGAGGCACAGCGAUGUGGGGAUUUGUUUGCGUCUUUUCUGCCCGGGACUUGCAUUACGCUGUCUCGGGUUAUUACCGGAGACAUCAAACAAGGUCACAAAACCACUGUUUCUGCCAUCAGACUCUUUUAUCUGAUUGUUGGCUUGGUAAUGGCCGAUGCACAGCUAGCCAGAAUCCCAAAGAAUAAAGAAAAGCUGCCAGUGGAACAAAGCAGAAUAUCAGAGCUAAUGGUCCAUAGAGGACCUGACUGGAGUAAAAGUACUGCCGAAAAACUCUCCCUCCUCCUGCAUAAAAUGGUUGAAUUUUCUUCAGUUCACCCCCACUGGAAAGUGCGACUGGAGCUGGUGGAACUGGUCCACCACUUACUGAGGAACUGCAGUCGGUCGCUGGUGAGCUCAUUCAGUCACCUUUUAAAGGCCUUGGUCGGGCUGGUGAACGAUGAGAGCUGCGAAGUCCAAAGCAGGUGUAAGGAGGUUCUGCAGGGCAUUGCAGAGCAGAGGAUCGUAGCUCAGAACAGGGCUCUUGCUGACGUCCUCUCCGAGAACCUCCACUCCCUUGCCACAUCUCUUCCUCGCCUGAUGAACUCUCAGGAUGACACGGGCAAGGUUUCCACCUUGAGCUUGUUGCUGGGAUAUCUGAAGCUGCUGGGCCCCAAGAUCAACAUUGUCCUCAACUCUGUCUCUCACCUUCACCGUCUGUCCAAAGCGCUGAUGCAAGUCCUGGAGUUGGACGUGACAGACGUGAAGAUAGUGGAGGACAGACGCUGGGGCUGCGAGAGCGCCUGUAGACCUCCGGGCUCCUUGCAGCACCGUGUGCCAAAGGGCAGAUGUCAGAAGAAAUACUUCCGCUUCUUCACGGAGGAGAAAGUUUUCCAGCUCCUUCAGCAAGUGUGCCGUGUUCUCGGCUACUAUGGGAACCUCUAUUUGCUUGUGGAUCACUUCCUGGGGCUGUACGGCAAGUCUGGCAUGUACCGAAAGCAGGCAGCAAUGGUCCUCAAUGAGCUGGUUGCAGGAGCUGCUGGGAUAGGGGUGGAUAUCCUUCUGGAAAGGGACGUUUCGCUGAACAUGGAUGAUCUCAAAGGGUCCGUAACGUCCAUUCUCGAUGAAUACACAGACCAGGCGAACUGGUAUUUGAUCACCAGCAUUGAUACAGAAGAAAUCAGCCGUGAGCUCUCUGUGCAGCCUUCGGGACUUACUGCCCAUCCAGGAGCUGCGAGCAGCAGCGUUCUCCUCCCGCCCCUGGAGCCGCACGUAACGACCCGCACCAUGAACAGCAACAUCUGGCAGAUCUGCAUCCAGCUGGAAGGCGUCGGCUGCUUCGCUGCUGUCCUCGGGAAGGAGUUCCGGCUGCUUCUGCUGUCAGCUCUCUACCCUGUGUUGGAAAAGGCCGGUGACAAGAGUCUGCUCAUCAGCGAGACGGCACUGGGGACGCUGGUAGACAUAUGCGAGGCCUGCAGUUACGACUCUGUGCAGUGUUUGAUUAAUGAGAAUUCUGACUACCUGGUGAAUGGGAUCUCCCUGAAUUUGCGCCAGCUGGCACAUCAGCCACAUGCUUCCCAGGUCCUGGACACUAUGCUGAGGCAUUCAGAUGCCAGCUUGCUGCCACUGGUAGAAGACGUUAUCCAAGAUGUCUUGUCUGCACUAGACCAGUCUUACAAUAACCAGGCUUCCACUUUCCUCGGGGUCCUCCACUCAGUCAUGGCAGCUUUAGUCCAGUGGUUUGGAUCGUCCUGCAGGCAGGCGGCCGAGUGGCGGAGCAGGACUUUGUCCCGGGGGCAGCAGGUGGUGACGAGUCAAGAAGUGGAACGAUUCUUCCUUGACUAUGUCAGACAGAAGCAGAUGGCAGAGGGCGAUCUUCCUGACGCAGCGGAUGAGGAGGCAGAUGACGUUCCCCCCCUUGCUAAUCCAGAGCCAAACAGCUCUGACACAGAAGGAGAAGCUCCACUGCCAAGCCAUGCUCAACUGGCCAAAGACGUGAUGGAGCGGUGCAUCCACUUGCUGUCGGACAGAAACCUCCGAGUGCGGCUGAAGGUCCUGGACAUACUGGAGCUCUGUGUAACUGUGCUGCAUCCUCACGGAAACCAUCUGCUUCCCAUGGCUCAUCGUGUCUGGCCAGCUCUCGUCACCCGGCUGAUUAGCGAUGACCCUCUGGCAGUGCUCAGAGCCUUCAAGGUGCUGUGUACUCUGGCUCAAAAGUGCGGAGACUUUCUGAGGCAGAGAUUCUCCAAAGACGUCCUGCCUAAGCUGACCAGUUCCCUCCUCAGCCAAGCCCCAGCGAGUGCCAGAGCUGGGCCGGUGUACAGCCACACGCUUGCCUUCAAGCUGCAGCUGGUGGUGCUGCAGGGACUGGGUUCUCUGUGCGAGAAGUUGGACAUGGGCGAGAGUGACCUGAAUAAAGUGGCAGAUGCCUGCCUGAUUUACCUCAGCGCCAGGCAACCCACCAAACUGCAAGAAGCUGCCCAGAGUGUUUUCCUCCACUUAAUGGACAUGGACCCUGACAGCACCUGGCUCCUCCUGAACGAGGUCUGCUGCCCGGAGCGGUACGAGCCGCCCCACGCCAGCCUGCGGCCCGUGGAGCUGAGCGGGGUGGGGAGGCAGCGGAACGAGUUCACCGACAACGUGCUGUUCCUGCUGGGGAGGCUGCGGCUGCGGGAGAGCGGGACGCUGCGGGCUGGCACGCAGGAGGCAUCUCCCCCCUGA